AUCACCUGGUCCAUGCAGUCUAACCUACUAGUAAACUAUGGAACCAAAGUCACCGGCACAGUGCAGCUCCAACCUUGACUUUCAUCCUUCGCCAAUGGAAUUUCAUGAAAUAACCACAGAGCUUUGUGAGGAAGGAGUAACAUAUGCAGAACUCAAAGUUGAUCGUUCUUCAAAUAUUCAGAGGAACAAAAUAACUAGGACUUUGAAGACAAAAGAGUCUCCAUGCUGCCUUGCUGCAAUGAUAUUUGCCUUCCUUUAUGUAAUUGCUGUGGUGAUAGCUGCGGUUAUGAUAGCUAAGGUUAAUUAUCUAAAAGAGAUUCUAAAGGAAAUCUGUGAGCAAAAUGAGACUACACAUUGCUAAGUGCUAUAGCAAAACAGAGGUAACUGGUUCUUCUUUGAAGAAAAUUGAUAUAUUGCUUCUUCUGAAAAUAAAAUCUUGGCAGCAAUAAAAUUCUUCUGGAGCACUGAACUCCAGUCUUAUCAAGAAAAAUAGCAAGAAAGAAUUAGAAGCAUAUGGCAUGAUAUUCAUUUUUAUAUUUUCUUAUACAGAAAGUAAUCAUAGAGAUGUUUUAAUAUCUUGUGUGCAUUCAAUCAUGUAAAGCUCAA